AUGUUUAACUGGGAACCAGCAGAUCCUACUGCAAAAUAUUAUGUUUACAUGCACUUUGCAGAGCUCGAAAAGCUGAAGAAAAACGAGAUCAGAGAAUUCAACGUAUCUCAAAAUGGUGAACUUUUGUAUGGUCCUAUUGUUCCUGAUUACUUAUAUACGAAAACCUUGUAUACCACAGUUCCGGUCAGCGGAAACUACAUCGAGUAUUGGCUGGAAAGGACUAAUAGAACAACGCAUCCGCCGAUCCUCAAUGCUCUUGAAAUUUUUAUGGUUAAAGAUUUCCCAGAGUCACAAACAGACCCAGAAGAUGUUGAUGCAAUAACGGAUAUCAAGUCAAUAUAUGGAGUGAAGAGAAACUAGAAAGGAGAUCCUUGUGCACCUAAAACUUACUCAUGGGAUGGCCUUAAUUGCAGUUAUGACGGCUCCGGUCCUCACCGAAUUAUAUCUUUAAACUUGUCUUCGAGCAAAUUGACUGGAAAGAUCUCUGCUUCGAUAUCUAAGCUUGCAAUGCUGCAACAUUUGGAUUUGUCAAACAAUAGCUUUAGAGAUGUACCUGAUUUUCUAUCACAUAUGCCGCUCUUGAGCAUCUUAAACUUGGAAGGAAACAAGCUUUCAGGUUCACUUCCAGUUGCACUCAUGGAGAGAUCAAACAAUGGAUCACUAUUACUAAGUGUCGGAGAAAAUCCAGACCUAUGUCUGACAGCUUCAUGCCAAAGGAAGGAGAAGCAUAAGAACAAGCUUGUUGUUCCACUUGCAGCAUCGGCUAUUGUGAUUUUUGUGAUCUUAGCCGCAUUAGCUGCAUUUUGGAGCCUUCGAAGAAGAAAACAAGAAGUGAGUGCUGAGGAUCAGAACAAGGGUGGAACAACAUUGGAGUCAAUAAAUCGAAAAUUUACAUAUUCCAAGGUCCUAAAAAUUACCGACAACUUUGUGACUGUUCUUGGGAGAGGUGGAUUUGGAACAGUGUUCCUUGGCUGCUUGGAUAAUACUCAAGUAGCGGUGAAGAUGCUAUCUAAAUCAUCAGUCCAAGGCUCGAAGGAGUUUCACGCAGAGGUCAAACUCCUAAUGAGAGUGCAUCAUGCCAACCUAACUAACCUUGUUGGGUAUUGCAAUGAAGGCAGCCAUAUGGGACUUAUCUAUGAGUACAUGGCUAAUGGAAACUUAAAGCAGCAUCUUUCAGGUCUUUGUAAGAGAACAUCACACGCCCAAUUUUGGGAAGAAAGGCUUCGGAUAGCAGUCGAUGCAGCUCAAGGAUUGGAGUAUGGAUCUAAUCCACCCAUUGUUCACAGAGAUGUGAAAUCGGCAAACAUCUUGUUGAAUGAAAAAUUCCAAGCCAAAUUAGCUGAUUUUGGCUUGUCAAGGGCUUUUCCAGCUGAAGGUGGCACUCAUGUCUCAACAAUUGUUGCUGGCACCCCUAUAUGCUUGGAAUGCAGAUACCUAACAACCAACAGGUUAAACGAGAAAAGUGACGUGUUUAGCUUUGGGGUUGUUCUAUUGGAGAUAUUUACAAGCAGGCCAGUGAUCACCAUAUGGAACGAUGAAGCCACUCACAUUAGUCAAUGGGUUAGUUCCUUGUUGGCAAAAGGGGACAUCAAGGGCAUCGUUGAUCCAAGGUUGGGUGGAAAUUUCGAGAUCAAUUCUGCAUGGAAAGUUGUGGAAUUAGCAUUGGGGUGUGCGUGUCGCAACUCAACCGAUAGGCCAACCAUGAGCGAAGUGGUGAUGGAAUUGAAGGAGUGUUUGAAAAGAGAGGUGGCUCGCAACAGGUGA